UCCCUGGUUCGAGUCCAGGUAGAGGCGAGGAGAAGGACGGAAGCUAUACUGUUACAUACGUUCGAACUUUUGGAGCUCACUGUAUGUUCUAACACACUAUUACCCACUCUGCCUGUCUUUAAUAACACCAUGUAGCUCAGGACAAAUGAAGACUAGUAAAUACAUAAACCUGGAGAAAACACAACUGCAAUUAAUACACUAUUUGUUUUAUAUUAAAAUCAUUUAGAAAUUAGGUUUAAACUUAAGAAACUUAAACCUGCAUGCUAAAAGUGCAUGUCAGAAACUCAAUCGAAAACACUAAAUCAUGUUUGAAACUGUUGCUGACAUAGUACCAAAACACAACAACAUAUUUAUCUGCCAAGGUUACAAGAUAAGAUCAUUGAAGAUAAUGAUAUGACACGACACAUCUGACUGAAUGGCAAAGUUAGAGAGAGAGAUGUGAUGGUCAAGUGUUAAGUUCACGUUACUCAUUACAGUCAUUAUAAACAGAUGUAGGAUCUUAAUUUGAGCAAGUUUGUUACAACAGGAAAAUAAUCCUCCAGCAACAGUAAAUGUGAAUUAUUAUGUGGAUUAUUAUUAAUGGACAUUUAUGUCAGGAUUGAUACAUUUCCAUUAGAGCAAAUCAAGUCUGAUAUUGUAAAGUGGAUACAUUAUUUAUAGCUUUGCAAUUCCUGAUGUGCAAGAAAUUCUUAGCAACAAAAUGGUGUUCAAAUUAAGAUCCUACAUCUGUAUAGAUCAAAGUUUCAUCCAGACUCUGACUUUAUUGGCCUGUUUACAAUAGCAGAUAAACACAUAUCCAACUCCUCCAGAUUAAACAUGGGCUUUGUCAAUGCGCCAUGGAGGUUCACCGCUUUCAUUGCAAUUCUGGUUGUGUUCAAGGUGCAAGCUGUUCCGACACGUUAUGGUGGUGAUGCAGAUGCAGGUGAAUUGCGAGAGGAUAUACUUGAGAUCAAUUCAGAAGCAGAUCUACAUCUCUUUGAGGGAGACAUUGCAGGUGAUCCAAGGCGAAAUGCAAUCCUGGAUGAAACGAGAAGAUGGAAGUUUCCCAUUCCUUACAUCUUGACAGAUUCUUUGGAGCUGAAUGCAAAAGGUGUUAUUCACCAGGCAUUCGAAGCAUACCGCCUGAAAUCCUGUGUGGACUUCAAGCCCUAUGAGGGAGAAAGCACAUACAUCUCCUUCACAAAGCUGAGUGGAUGCUGGUCAUUUGUAGGAGAUGAUAAGGUAGGACAGAACCUCUCCAUAGGGGCGCGCUGUGACACCAAGGCCAUCGUGGAGCACGAGCUCCUCCACGCUCUGGGCUUCUACCAUGAGCAGUCACGCUCUGACAGAGACGACUACGUCAAGAUCUGGUGGGACCAAAUCAUAGAAGGAAAGGAGCACAACUUUAACAAGUAUGAGGACGACUUCAUCACAGACCUGAACACGCCAUAUGACUAUGAGUCCGUCAUGCAUUACAGGCCAUUGUCUUUCAACAAGAACGCCACCGUCCCUACCAUCACCACAGCCAUCCCAGCGUUCAAUGAGAUCAUCGGACAGCGUCUGGACUUCAGCGCAGUAGACCUGCUCAGGCUGAACCGCCUGUACGACUGCACCAAUACACACACUCUCCUGGACCAGUGUUCCUUUGAGCUGAUCAACAUCUGUGGUAUGAUCCAGGGUGAGACUGAUGAGGCAGACUGGGUCCAGACCCUGAGCAGCGCUGAGGAGCCAGACCACACACUGGCAGGCCGCUGCAGAGAUGCUGGCUAUUUCAUGAGGUUUGACACAUCUAAAGCGACAGUGGGGAAAAGCGCUCUUCUAGAGUCACGCAUCCUCUACCCUAAGAGGAAGGAGCAGUGUCUGCAGUUCUUCUACAAGAUGGUUGGGGCCCCCAGGGACAGGCUGUUUGUGUGGGUCAGAACAGACGAUGGGACAGGAAAUGUCUGCAGUGUCAAGAAGGUCCAUACCAUCACAGGUGAUGGAGAUGACUCCUGGAAUGUAGCCCACGUGACCUUGAAGGUCAGAGAGAGGUUCCGCUACUUCUUCCAGGGCACGGUAGGGUCCAACAACAAUGCAGAGGGGGCCAUCUUGAUCGAUGACAUCACAUUAACAGAAACCACCUGCCCCAGCGGCGUUUGGAGAAUUCAGAACUUCACUGGCCUGCUCGCCAUAACUCCAGCCGGAGGGCGCAUCAGGAGCAAGCCGUUCUACAGCGCUGAGGGUUAUGCUUACGGGAUCAGCCUCUACCCCAAGGGAAGAGACGGCACAUAUCCUGACUAUGUGGGUGUGACCUUCCAUCUAUGCAGCGGGGAGAACGACGGUGUGAUGGAGUGGCCAGUGAUGAACAGGCAGGCUACCGUCACUGCCAUGGACCAGGACCCUGACGCUAAGCUGAGGAUGUCUGCCACCAGAAGCUUCACCACCGAUACUACUAACCCAUAUUGGGUCAAGCCCACCAGCACCAGUGGGGCGGAGUGGGACGCGAGCUCCAACUGCUACAGAGGAUCUGAGUAUGGAUGGACUACGUUCCUCUCUCAUGACCAGCUGCACAGGAGAAGCUUUCUCAAGAACGAUGAUCUCAUCAUUGUUGCCGACUUUGACGAUUUGACCCACCUGGUGAAGAUGGAGGUCCCUGUCCAGCCAAAGAGUCCCAGUGGUGACCUCCCAGAGGAGGAGACCCCCAGACAGGAGAAGGAGAUGGCUGACGGUCCCAAACACAGACAGGCACGGGCCGUCCCUAGUGACCCGUGUAGCCCCGACCCCUGCCUCAACGGGGGAGUGUGUGUGGUUGAGAAACAUGGGAAAGCCACGUGCAGGUGUGCCACUGGCCAGGCCACAUACUAUGCUGGUGAGACGUGUGAGAAGCAACAUAUCGAUGGCCGCAUUCUGGGCGUUCUGAUUGGUGGAGCGGCAGGGACGAUCGUGCUGACUCUGGCCAUCUUCUCAGUCAUCCGGAGAGUUCACUGAGUCACCAUACUGCUUCACAGCUAUACUUAUGUACCACCUCAAUCCCAAUGCCUCUCUAAGAAACAGUGAUUAUAGAUUGCCACGCAUAUUGUAUAUUUGAUAUUGUUAUUUUGAAUCAAUAAGAACUCCUUGACCAUGGCUGGCAUGCAAUCAAUUCAUUGCAGAGAGUGACUUUUCAUAGACCAGUUCACUCUCCACUGUAUGUGAAAUUAUUUAUUAAAUUACUUAUGUUUAUGUUAGG